GACACUUUACGGCUGACGUAAAGCGACCGCAGCUGCUGUAAAAACUCGAUGGACUAGCUGACAAUAAUGAUAUGAGAUAACUGAAUAGUGUAACGUUACUUUACUGAUUUUUGUCUCUCUGACGCUGUUAAAUCCCGACAAAGUUUAUUAUUUCCAAUUUGCCAACUUCUCACUCGUCGCCACAUCUAAGCAAAGUGUUUUAUUAAUAUUCAGUGUCCCUCUGUGAGGCGAGAAAGCGACGAGAGCCAGUGGAAGAAGAAUUUGCUUUUAGCCAGUCAUUGCCAUGGCCUCCGAAAGCGGCGAUAGCAACAUGGAUAGAGAAAUGAUUCUGGCCGACUUUCAGGCUUGCACUGGAAUUGACAACAUUGCAGAGGCAAUCACUCUGUUAGAGCUUAAUAACUGGGAUUUAGUGGCAGCCAUCAAUGGAGUGAUACCACAGGAGAAUGGGAUCUUACAAAGUAACUUUUCCAGCGAGGCGAGCCAGGCCAGCAUGUUCGGACCUCCUAACCAAUCAGAAGCAGCCGAUGCAGCAGCAGGAGGUGCAGUUCCUCCCCCGUCCUCUUCAUCUUCAUCCUCCUCUCCCCCAUCGUCCUCAGCUUCAGCUUUUUGCCCCAUCAACCCCUCCUCUCGACACAUUGUAGAGCGUCAGCCCCGGAUGCUCAACUUCAGGGUGGAGUACCGGCAGCGCUCUGUAGAGCUGGUACUGGAAGAAGGCAGCACAGUCGGAGAAAUCAAACAAAUCCUUGAGACAGAGCUUGGGGUUCCAUUGUCCAAAAUGCAGCUGAAGGGAUGGAAGAGUGGAGAUGUAUCUGAUAGUACGGUGCUGAGAAGUUUACACCUGCCCAAGAACAACAGCCUGUAUGUCCUGACCCCAGACAUCGCCUCUACUGCCAGCACCAGCAAAAACAGUGCUCUCCAAGAGUCGUUAAACCAGAACUUCCUGCUGGUCAUCAGCCACCGCGAGGCCCAGAGGGACUACAGCCUCAACUUCCCCGGCUCCAGAACCAUACAGGAGGUGAAGAGGAACAUUUCAGACUUGACUAACAUCCCAGUCCGGCAUCAACAGUGGGAUGGAUGGCCUGCGUCAGCAUCUGAUGACUCUAUGACGCUAGCUGCCUCUGGAAUCAGCUAUCCUUGCCAUCAUCUCAGUGUUUGUCGGAGGUCCUCACCAGCUAAUGCCCAGGAACCCACAGAAGAGUGUGCAGAUGUCCAUAUGAUCAGCGACAGUGAGGGGGAUGAUUUUGAGGAUGCGUCAGAGUUUGGUGUGGACGAUUCAGAGAUGUUUGGAAUGGGCUCCUCAAGCUGUCGGAAAUCACCUAUGAUGCCAGAGAAUAGUGAGAAUGAAGCUGAUGCCUUACUGCACUUUACUGCCGAAUUUUCUUCAAGGUAUGGAGAGACCCACCCGAUGUUCUUCAUUGGGUCUUUGGAGGCAGCGUCUCAGGAGGCUUUCUAUGGCAAAGCCAGAGAUAGAAAGCUGCUGGCCAUCUACCUCCACAAUGACGACAGUGUCCUCAGCAAUGUCUUCUGCUCCCAAAUGAUGUGUGCUGACUCCAUUGUAUCCUACCUGAGCCAGAACUUCAUCACAUGGGCCUGGGACGUUACUAAAGAAGCUAACAAAGCCAGACUACUCACCAUGUGUACGAGGCACUUUGGAAGUGUGGUGACACAAACUAUACGGACAUACAAGACAGACCAAUUCCCCCUGCUCCUCAUAGUCAUGGGCAAACGCACUUCCAACGAAGUUCUAAAUGUUAUUCAAGGCAAUACGACAGUGGAUGAGCUAAUGAUGAGGUUAAUGGGAGCAAUGGAGAUCUUUACAGCACAACAACAAGAGGACAUCAAAGAUGAGGACGAGCGUGAGGCAAGAGAGAUGGUGAAGAGAGAGCAGGAUGAGGCCUAUCGUCUGUCUUUAGAGGCUGAUCGCAAGAAGAGAGAAGCCCAAGAGAGAGAAGAGGCUGAGCAAGUUCGCCUGGAACAGAUGAGAAAGGAGCAGGAAGAGGAGAAGGAAGCAAUCCGCUUGUCAUUGGAGCAGGCCCUACCGCCGGAGCCCGUCGAAGAGUCUGGAGAGCAAAUAAGCAAACUGCGAAUCCGCACACCGAGUGGCGAGUUUUUGGAAAGGCGUUUCUUGGGCAGCUGUAAGCUCCAGGUCCUCUUCGACUUCGUGGCCUCCAAGGGAUACCCCUUUGAAGAGUUCAAGCUCCUCACCACCUUCCCUCGUAGAAAUAUCACCCAGUUGGAUCCAGGGUCAACUCUGCUGGAGGCCAAGUUGUUUCCACAGGAGACACUCUUCCUGGAGGCUAAAGAAUAGGAACUGGCCCUCUGAUAGCUGAGAGGACCAACUGAUUGACUGACUGAUGAACUGGCUGGACACACACUAGUCACCGAGCAUGGGCCCCCUCCUCUCCCCAUCAGUCUGGGCCUACAGUACACACGCACGCACGCACACACACACACACACGCACACACAGACACACGCACACACACACACACACACACACACACACACACACACACCAAUACACAGUCCUCUCUCUCAGACAUACAUUAAUACACUGGCAUGCACAUCCAGUGACACAAAAGUGCAAGUAAGCUUCUCUGCCCUCGGCCUGGUCGUGGUACAUGAAUGCGUAGUGUACACGUGUUGCACAGAGGAGCAAAGACAGUAUCACAAGCACACAGCCAAACAUUCACCUCACCCAAACCUUUUCUCUCUCUCUCACUCUCUCUUUCAACUUCUCUCACACAAUUCACAAAUUCGACUUCCCAACUGCUAUCAUGGUUUUCUCUCACAACACAAACACAAACACAGUACAAUAACAGAGAGACUGAGUAGACAAAUCUUUGUCAAAGGAAAAAAAAUACCAACAGAAAACAAAGGAAAAAAAAAAAGGACUUGGUCUCUGUCGUUACCACAUUCAACACACCAAGGCUGCUUUUUUAGAACAUGGUUUUUGUGUUUGAAAUCCAAAAAAAAUGCUAAAAAAAUGAAAUGAAAUAAACAGUAAGAAGAGAUGUUGCCCUGUAGAAGUCUGGGCUGUCUCAUCUCCACCUGUAUUUACCCCCUUAACCUUCCCCAACUCCUCUUCCCACCCCCACCCCAACCCCCCUUUGCCUCCUUUGCCCCACCUUCCACCCCUGCACCCCUCCAUCCGCUGUCUGCCACGGGCAAUGGGAUGUGACACCCACAGCAUCUGUUGUGCCCCUUCAGUCUCUGCUCCCCCUGGUUUUAACAUCCACUGCUCCACAAGCCAACGGAUUGCUCAGUUUUCAGGGUUUUUUUUUUUUUUCUUGAUCC